AUGCAGUGCUCUCUGUGCAGGCUGCGUACCCACCAGUGGCGUUUCCUCCUCUUUAACGUCCUCCUCUUCCAUGCGCUGUUGUUUGGAGCAGACUUUGUCGAGGAGUACCUCCUGCAGCCCACACCGGGGGUCUACACUGAUGGAAUGGUUGUGGAUGUAAGAGAAAAAGCAAGGAAAUUAGACCUGAGCAAUAUCAGGGAGAACAUGUCCCAGGCCUACCCCAUCACUAACCCUGACGCCUGCAGAAACUCUGACCUCUUCCUCCUCACUCUCAUCUUCAGCUCCACAGCUAAUGUCACACAAAGAGAUGCAGUCAGGAGGACAUGGGCCAACCAAACGCUUAUUCAAGGCUUCCCAGUGCGGAUCCUGUUCUUCUUAGGCUCAACUGAGACUUCUGCUGCACAAAAGGCCCUCAUGAAAGAGUCUGACCUCUAUGGGGACAUAAUCCAGGGUCAUGCUGUGGCUGACACGUCCCUCCGUGGCCCAACAGAAAGGACAGUGCUUGCGCUCCGCUGGGUGAUCACCUUCUGUCCUGUGGCGCGUUUUGUUCUGCUAACCAAGGACACUGUGUUUGUCAACCUUCCUGCCAUCGGAGGCUACCUACUCGGGCUGCACAGGCACCCUGAGGACCUAUAUUUAGGUAGGGUUAUCCAAAGAGACUCCCCUAACAGGGACACCAACAGUCCAGGCUACCUGCCGCCGGCGCUCUACCCUGACAAGUACCUGCCUGAAUACUGUGACCGCACAGCUUACGUUCUCUCCCAGGAUGUGGUCAGAAAAGUGUAUGUAGCAUCUGCAGCAGUCCGUGCACCUGUACCAGCUGAUGUUUUUGUGGGCCUUUGUGCUCAGAAGGCUGGUGUGGCACCAACACACAGUGCCAGGUUCUCAGGAGAGAAACAUAUCCGCUACAAUGCCUGCUGUUACCGCUAUCUGUUCAGCUCAGCAGGAAUGCAAAGCCGUGAACUCGAUAUAGUGUGGGCAGACCUGAGGGAGAAGAGUGGAAGAUGCUCACUGUUACAGACCUACUAUGGCCUAGUGACCUGCAAGGCCCUCACAUACCUGGAUAAACUGCCCUUCUUCAACUCAAAGGACCAAGCUGAAUCACAUGGCUAA